AUGCCCGUGACCUUUGCCCUCUGGCUCCUCCUGAGCCAGGCCAGCGCGGACCCGGACCCAUGUUACCACCCUGGGGGCCGCCCCCGCUUCUGCCUCCCACCCGUGACCCAGCUGGCUGGCAUGGCUGCCUCCUGUCCCCAGGCCUGUGGCCCCUCCCCCCCAGGCGUGGACCUCGGCCCGCGGGCCCCCUGCAAUGGCAGUCUGACCCUGGGCCUGGGGGGCCCUUUCCUCCUGUCGUCCGUCAGCCUGCGCUUCUGCACCCCAGGACCCCCAGCCCUGAUCCUGUCUGCUGCCUGGGCCACCGGAGGGCCCUGGAGGUCACUGUGGCGCAGGCCCGCCUGGCCGGGGGCAUUGGGAGGGCCCGAGAGGGUGACCUUCCGGGUCCCAGCGGGCCCUAAGGCCAGCGUGGUGGCCAGUCACCUCCGCCUGGAGCUCGGGGGCCGAGGGGGGCUGGCAGCUGCGGGCGUGAGAGGCCGCUGCCAGUGCCACGGCCAUGCUGCCCGCUGCGCUGCCCGCGACGGGCCGCCCCGCUGCCGCUGCCGCCACCACACCACUGGCCCGGGCUGUGAGAGCUGCCAGCCAUCCCACCGCGACUGGCCCUGGCGGCCCGCCACGCCCCGGCACCCUCACCCUUGCCUGCCCUGCUCCUGCAACCAGCACGCGCGACGCUGCAGGUUCAACUCGGAGCUGUUCAGGCUGUCGGGCGGCCGGAGUGGGGGCGUUUGUGAGCGGUGCCGCCACCACACAGCCGGGCGGCACUGCCACUACUGCCAGCCAGGGUUCUGGAGGGACCCCGGCCAGCCCAUCAAUAGCCGCAAGGCCUGCAGGGCCUGCCAGUGCCAUCCUAUUGGGGCGACAGGCGGUACUUGCAACCAGACCAGUGGGCAGUGCUCCUGCAAGUUAGGGGUCACUGGCCUGACCUGCAACCGCUGCGGUCCUGGCUACCAGCAGAGCCGCUCCCCCAGGAUGCCCUGCCAGCGAAUCCCAGAGGCGACAACCACCCUUGCUACAACCCCUCAAGCUUACAGCUUGGACCCUCAGUGUCAAAACUAUUGCAAUACCUCGGACACCAGGAUACACAUGAGCCUUCGGAGGUACUGCCAGCAGGACUACGUGCUCCACGCGCAGGUGCUGGCGUCCGAGGCCGCGGACACGGCGUGGCAGCGGCUGGCCGUGCGCGUGCUGGCCGUGUACAAGCAGCGAGCGCGGCCUGUGCGCCGUGGUAGCCAGGCCGCCUGGGUGCCCCGUGCCGAUCUGACGUGCGGAUGUUUGCGCCUGCGGCCCGCCAACCACUACCUGCUGCUGGGCAGCACGGCUGGCAGCCCAGAUCCUACACGCCUCGUCCUCGACCGCCACGGCCUCGCGCUGCCCUGGAGGCAGCGCUGGGCCCGGCCGCUGCGGCGGCUGCAGCAGGAAGAGCACGCUGGGGGGUGCCGCGGCCUGCGGCCUUCGACCCCGAGCCCCGAACCCAGGCUCUAG